AUGCUGGGAAAGAGAAUAAAGGGAGUUUAGUGACGUGUUUCCGGUGGGGGUCGGUACGCGGGAGGUUUGAGCGCGGGACCCGUAGCCGGUUUCCAUGGUGCUCGCGGCACAAAUAAGCUUGAGGUGGCAAAGCCCCUAGUGGCUUUGUGGCGUAAUUCUAGCGGGCAAGUACUUAGCGCCACGAAGAUCCUUCAUUCCACACUACGUACUUUUGCCAUUGCCUAAGAACUAGACGUGACAAUGGAAGAGGCAAGAGCUUACCUGAGAGAUGGGGUCCUAUCCCAUCUGGAAAAGCUGGAAGCUCAUGCACGGAAACUAGCACUGAAGCAAGAAGAAACUCAACGGCAGCAGGAGAAUUUGGUCAGGCUGAGAGCAAGAAUCCAGGAGCUGAGACUCCAAAGAGAUGAACUCCAGACCAAAGUGAACCUGCAGCAAGUUGGGCUCAUCAGGCAGGAAGGAGCUACCAGCAGUAAUGUGGAGCCCGUCCAAGGAACAGAGACCGGAGGGCAAGCUCUUCUAAAAUGGAAAGUGGAAAAUGUGAAGGCCAUGCUGCAAGCCUUUCAUCUGACAGGGAUUAGUGGGAAAUUGACCAAACAAGGAAUCUGUUUCUGCAUCAGCACUGCUUAUGAAGGCACCUACCUGGACUCCUACUACCUCGACCUCCUCAUACAGCAACCAGUCCAGAUUCAUCACCACUCUGUCCCCAUCUUCAUCCCCUUGGAGCAAAUAGCCAAGAAGUACUUGCAGACCGACAUCAAAUGUUUCCUGGCUAUGUUGUCUGAUCACCUGAAUGCUUAUGCUGGAAGGAAAUACCAGGCAGAUCAGUUACAGGACCAUUUUUCAGCCUUUCUCGAAGGAACCUUGCAGAGAAACUCCUUGCAUAAUGUAUUGUUCUUUAAUUAUGAUGUGGAAACAGAAAGCAAGACCUUUCCAUUCAGAGCAAAGCUGGUUUACGGCAAUCUCACCCGUAGUAUUCCAACUGAGGCCAUUAUUACAUGUAAAGCAGGGGAUGUUUCUGCCUCUCUGGUGGAGAAGACAGCAGCUCAUUCAAACUUAUUCCGCCACACAGCUCUGCACAAAGCCUUUGAUUCCUUCAAAAGAGCAGCAGAAAGUCUGGAUCAAUCGACAAUAUUGGAUGAAGGCUUUAAUAAAACAGUCUUGUUCUUUGCCAAUACCUGUCCAUCUCGUCCUUAAAGCGACAGCAAAGGUGACAACAGCAGCGAGCGGAGUGCAAGGCAGUAU